AUGAUUUUGCAUUUCUGGGGGGGGAGCACUGUUUGUAAACAAUACAGUUCUCUCCCCUGUCAGCUCUUGCACACUGCUUUGUCUCUGCAUAGCACAGCCAUGCAAAGCAGUGUGCUUACAGUGGAGCACACCCACAGGACACAAUGCAAAAUGGAACACAGCACACAGUUAACCCUUUGAUCACCCCUCAUGUUAACCCCUUCCUGCCCAGUGCCAUUAGUACAGUGUCAGUGCUUUUUAAUAGCCCUGAUCACUGUAUUGGUGUCACUGGGAAUGUCAGUGACACCAAGUCAGUUCCUCCCAGUGCCAGAAUGCCCGCCGCAGUCCUGCUAUACGUUGCUGAUCACAGCCAUUACUAGUAAAAAAAAA